CAUCGAAAAAUGACCGAGGCGUGGAUUACUCUGGCCACCAAUGACCGAUAUGCUCAAGGUGCACUCACUCUUCUUAACUCGCUUCACGCAUCAGGAACGACUAGAAGAAUUCACUGUUUGAUCACUAAUGAGAUUUCAAAUUCGGUUCGUGAAAAGUUGGUGAACAAAUUCGACGAAGUCACGGUCGUCGACAUCUUCAACAGUAACGACUCGGAAAAUCUCUCGUUGAUCGGCCGCCCGGAUCUCGGUGUGACGUUCACAAAGUUCCAUUGCUGGCGUCUCACUCAAUACUCGAAGGCGGUAUUCUUGGAUGCUGACACUAUGAUCAUCAGGAACUCUGAUGAACUCUUCGAAAGACCCGACUUCUCUGCCGCUGCCGAUAUCGGAUGGCCAGAUAUGUUCAAUUCGGGAGUUUUCGUGUUCACGCCGUCGCUCACCGUCUAUCGAGCUCUUCUGUCCCUCGCCACGUCGUCCGGCUCAUUCGAUGGUGGAGAUCAAGGUCUUCUCAACGAGUACUUCUCAAACUGGCGUGAUCUUCCAUCUGCUCACCGGCUCCCGUUCAUUUACAACAUGACAGCCGGAGAAUUCUACUCAUACCCCGCCGCCUACCGAAAAUACGGAGCACAAACCAAAAUUGUUCACUUCAUCGGCGCUCAGAAGCCAUGGAAUUCGCCACCGUCGGAUUCGGGUCUCCACAAGAAUGAGCACUACCAGCAGUGGCACUCGUUCAGCCUGCAGAGCAGCAGCUCGUCGGAGGCACCAGCAGCUCCAAAGGUCGAGGAUGAUUCGGAAAAGCAGCGUAUCGCCUGGGAGGCUGGACAUCCGGAUUAUCUUGGAAAAGACGCUUUCAAGAAUAUCCAAAAAGCACUUGACGAGAGCAUGGCCGCUGUGAAGCCACCGGCGAAACCCUAAUUUUUCCAUUAAAUUGCCAUAAUGUAUUUCUAUAGUUUUCUAAUAGUUCAGAGAUUUAUUCAUAUUGUGAUCGCACUCGUAUUCAUGUACCAUAUCAAUAGGAAAAUAGAAUAAAUUCGCUAUUUCCUA